AGAGGGGGGAGAGCGCCCGAGCAGCCAAUGAGCUAUGAGCGCGGCGGGGACGGAGCCGCCCAGGUCGCUCCGCCCCGCCCCGCCCCUCGCCCUGCCCCGGGCCGCGUCCUAGCUGCAAGCAGUGCGGAGCAGGAAUGGAGAAACAGAAAAUCCUGGUGAGAUCCAAAGUGGCUGCUUCAAACCUUCUGAGUGCCUUGCAUUCUCUCUAUCAGUUUGGUCAUUUCUGUGAUGUAACUGUUCAUACUGUACAUCUUGGAAUUCAGGAAGAGUUUUUGGUACACAAAGCAGUCUUGGCUGCUUCAAGUAACUACUUUAAAGGCCUUUUUCUAAGUGAUGAGAUGUCAGACAUUAAGAGGUGUACUGUGAUUUUAGAUGACAUUUACACAGAGGAAUUUACAUCCUUUCUGGAAUUCAUCUAUACCGCAAAAAUUGAGAUCGAACCAGAGAAAUUACACCGAAUGAAAGAGGUAGCAGAGAAACUUGAAUGCAAGGACCUCCUUGACAUUUGUGAGGAAAUGAAGACAGAAAGUAAAAUGGAUGGCUUGGAUUUAAGUCUCCAUUUGAAAACUCAGGUAUGUGAAAAUGGUGGGGCUUCAUGGGUCUGUGAUCAACGUGCUCAUCAGACUAAAUUGAGUGAUUCUCCACCAAUUGUAGUGACUCCUGUGAAUAGAAAACUCUGGGAUAUGCAGAAACACAGAACAUUGUUAACAGGCAGUUCAGAUCAAGCUUGCAUGGUUUUAACUGAUGUGAAAACUGGAAUAGCCAAGAUAGUGAAAAAGAAACGAAUAAAGCCCACUGAGAACCAUACCACAGAGGUAAUCAAUUCAGGAGGGGAAAAAAGCCACCCUUCUUUGUGUGGGUUGGAGGCUAAUGAAGCUUGUCUAGUCAUCAGGAGUAUAUUAUCUGAACAAAAUGAGGAUGAGAAUUCUCAUACUUCCCAGUCUUUGAGCUCAAAUGAAUGCAGCAACACAGUGCAGGAUUUGCCUCAGGUGUCUACAGAAGCCUACGAGUGUAAAAAAUGUGAACAAUCUUUCCCUUUCAUCAAAUCAUAUCAGUCACACAUGGAGACUGAACAUGGGAUUAAUGUUGUCAUCAAGUACAGCUGUAAUGUGUGUGACCAGCUUUUUUCCAAUCGCCAAAACCUGCGGCAACACCGACUCACAGUUCAUAAUGAUGAGCGGCGCUUCCCUUGUACGUUCUGUGAUAAGAAGUUUAAACGUCAGAAGGAUAUAAAGUGUCAUGUACGAAGAGUGCAUGAAAAGAAAAGGAAUCCUCAGGCUUGUCCCUACUGUGACAAGGUCAUCAGCUCCAAGUGUGGCCUGACUGUUCACAUUAGAACCCACACAGGAGAGAAACCUUAUAAAUGUGAUUAUUGCCCUGCAAGUUUUGCCCAGAGGUCUGCUUACAAUACUCAUGUAAGAAAAAUACAUGAAACAAAACAAGAUAGAAAAACAAUGCCAGUAUACUGGAUGGUUGUUCCACCUACCAGCAGAUCAGAGACAACAGACUAUGAAAUAGAUUUCACUAAAGAAACAUGGGAACAAUCCUCACAUAAUAAUUUACCAAUGGGAACCAGAAGCACAGUAACCCUCAGCUAUGAAGAAGAUGUUGGCAACUCAUCUAAUGCAAUUGAUUCUAGUAAUGAAGCAGAAGCAAAGGAAAAUGAGAAAAAUGAUGACAAAGAAACUGAAGCAAGUAGAGAAGGAGACGAGGAUGAAAAAUCAAGUUUUAAAGGAGAAGAGGAGGGAGAUUAUGAUGCUGUUUUUUCUGAAGUAGAAAUGAAUGAUAGCAAAGAUAAUGACAUCGUCUGCACAGAUGAUGACUCUCCAAAUGAAAAAGAUGAAGAAGAUAAUGAAUCAGAUAAAGAUUUUAAGAUAAAGAAAGUAAAUAAUAUGACAUUAAUGAAGAAAUCAACUUAUGUCAUAACUUGUGAUAAGUGUGAUCAACAGUUUGUAUCCCGGAAAAAAUAUGUGGAUCACUGCAAAGAUGUACAUCAGUCUCUUCCUGGGAAAGUCUAUCAGUGUGAUAUCUGUAGCAAGUCCUUUGCUAGUUAUAACAGCUGUAAAGAACACCGAGCUUGUGUGCAUACAGAAGAGAGGCAGUUUGCCUGCACUCUCUGUAAUGCUACUUUCAAAAGAAAGCGAGAUGUCAGAACCCAUUACAUGCGGAAGCAUGAAGGAAGAGUAAAACGACCACUUUGUUCUGUGUGUGGAAAAAUUUUGAGUUCUAGAACAGCACUGGUAUUCCAUAUGAGAACCCAUACAGGGGAGAAACCUUACGAAUGUAGUAUCUGCCAUGCUAAAUUUGCUCAGCCAUCCCAACUUAAAAUUCAUACAAGGUCUCAUACUGGAGAAAAGCCAUAUAUUUGUGAGGACUGUGGAGCUAGCUUUGCAGAUAAAGGAAAACUAAAUGGCCACAAGAGGACUCACACAGGAGAACGGCUAUUUAAAUGUGAUGUCUGUGGAAAACAUUUUGCUACCAAUGAAUAUUUAAAAUGCCACAAAAGAUGUCAUAUGGGAGCUAAGCCUUAUAAAUGUGAUGUGUGUGGAAAAACAUUUGGAUUGAGAGCCUCAUUAGCUCAACAUAGCAAUGUUCAUGCAGAGACUCGUCCAUAUUUCUGCGAACAAUGUGGGAAAACUUUUACUCAGCAAGGAGCUCUCAGACGCCAUCAGCGCAUUCACACAGGAGAAAAACCAUAUAAGUGUCGGGCUUGUGAGAGAACUUUUACAGAUAUGUCAACGUUGAGGAGGCAUGUGUCGAUCCAUGAUCGAAAUGCACAUUGGAGAAGUUUCCUGAUAGAUCUUACUACUAAAAAAGACCACAACUGGUCAAAAAUUGAGACCUUAUCAGAUGUAUGUAUGAAUGAGGAGCCAACACCUGAAAUUUGGUCAGUUGACCAAGGUAGAUUAUAUAAACCAGAGAAUGCAGUUGUGAAAACUGCUAAUGUCAUAGCAGCAAGUGUUACUACCAGUACUAAUAACCAUUCCUUGGUAUAUAUGUAACAAUAAGACCUGUAUUGAUAAAGCUGUUUACAUGGUACAAUCAUAUAAUGAAACAUGAUCAGGAAUUUUAAAACCUGGUACAAUUGGAGAUGUUUCGUUUUGAUAUCAUAGUAAGCCAUCUGAUUUUUUUUUAGAAGUGGUAUAAGACUCCUAUCAGUAAAAAUAAGUUUGUUUAAAUAGAUUUUAUUUCUUGGAACUUUUAUUCACAUAUUACAAAUGUGUUAUGGCACUAAUAAUUCUUUUAUAUUAAAUUCCACAUGCCAUUUGUAUAAACUUACAUUUAUGUUUAUAUUUAUAUUAAGUUAAUUCAAGGGAAAGCAAUAUGGUAUCAGUUACACAUAGUAACUAAUUUAUUUGUAUAUACUUAUAGAAUGUUUUUUUGAAGCUAAGUAUAAAAACACGAAAUCAGUUGUGCAGUGGUAGGAUUUAGAGGUUUUCUGAAAUGAAUAAAAAUGGGAUAUGAAAUUUUACCUUUUGCUUGACUGAUAUUGAUAGUUUUAUAUUUUGUGAAUAUCUUACCUGAAUCUUUAAAAUAAGCAAACAAUGUGGUUGAAUUAUGAUGUGUAUUAACAGACUAGCUCUUACAAUGCAAACCAAUUUAUUAUAUAAUAGAAAAUUAUUCAUGGAUUUAUAGUUUUAUAAAAACUUACUAGCAGUUUAGGAAAUCACAGAGAACUAAAAAUGAAAAACACAGUUUUAGUGUCACAUUUGUAUUUUACCAUUUCUUUAACAUAACCUGGAUCAUAUAUUAUUAAAGUUAAUCCAGUUUCAACAGGGAAACUGUGGCUCAGUGCAUUGCCAAAGGGCACAGAAUUUUGAAACGCAUAUGUAAUCUACAAACAUUAUAUUCUCAGUAUUUGUGUCUAUCAUAUUUGAAGGGAAGACUGCUAAUGGUGGCUAUAGAGCUUUUAGAAUGACCUUUCUCUUCUUUACUGGAUAAGAUUAUUUUUUUCUUUAAAGCUACAAGCUUUAAAGCAUUCUUUGCAUAUAGUAAUAACAGUAUGCCUUUAGGAAAGCAUGACAGUAGCAAAUGCCUUCAUUUUUUAGCUAGGUGAUAAACCUUUAUUGAAGAUUUACUGCUAACUGCACUACCUCUAAAGCCAAAGGAUCAGACACAUGACAGUUACUGCUUAUGUCCAGAGGAAAAACUUUAAGCAAAAUGAGUUUCAUCCUUUUAUACAGGUAAGACUAAUUCACUGCUUAACUUUAAACAAUCAAUAACUUCUCUAAGAUGUGAUUAGAGUUUAGCUAUGAGAAUCAGUGUUUAAAACAAAUAAAACAUCUAGGUAAA